UCAGUUAUAAAACCCCCUGAUCUCCUAAGGGACUUUCUUUCUCUACUUCUUUGCUAUAGAGGGUUAGAAGUAAAACAGAUGUUAUCUUAGAAAUGUAUUUAAAAAGGAAAUAAAAACAGAACAUUGCAUUUUGGGGUAGGACAGACACACAGGAAGCUUCAAACUAGUUAGAAGACAUCAAAUUUGCUGUACCUGGUCAGCUGCUGUAUCUUUGGAGGAGGAUGCUGUCAGAAGGUUAUCUUUACAGAAUCACCUACCUUUGUGGAGACCUGAACCCUGAGCUCUACAGCAAGACUUCAGCUGAUGAAGUGGUAUAUGAAAUGAGACCCAUUAAUUAUUCUCCCACGGAUGAAGCACAAGGAAAAAGCCUUCUUCAGAGAUGCAGAUCUGCUGGCAAGUGCAUUUCCUCAGUCUGCUCUAGAGGUAGCAAGCACAGCAGAAGGCAGAAGGAUAAUCUCCCACAGCCUGCGCAUCACCCUGGGCCCACAGGGCAGCCAUCUCCAGCUACACGUGCCUGCGAAGGGCUGACGAAAAAAGUCACCUACCUGGUUCCACCUUCCUGCAAAAGCAUUUGCAAGAAUUACAACGAUUUGCAUAUAGCUGGGGACUACGUGGUGCCCAUCAGCUCAGUCACGACAGAUUUUGCUUGUGACAGUGGCAUAGGCCCCUUCUUGGAGUCCUCAGAGAUUCCUCCUGCCUUGGAGUCCGUGAGGGUCCCCCCCUCUAGCGACACCGUCCGAAAGCCAGGCCAAGGCUACUCCUCGUGCUGGAGACUGGCGAGCUUGGGGCCACACCAGCAGCCCCUCUCUGACUCAGCCCUGAACGACUACCUUGAGCAGAAGCUGGUGGAACUGUACAAGCAGUACAUCAUGGAUAGCACAGCAAACAGGGCAUCCCCCACUCAGAUCCUGGCCUCGGAGCUUAUCAUGGCUAAUGUGGAUCAAAUCAGCAUGCAGAUAUCACGGGAAAGGAAUAUGGAGACCAUGAAGGCCAAAGACAUUGUCAUCAGCCGUUUCCUACAAAUAGCCAGUGAGAAGAUAUCCUCAGAAAUGAGCACACCUACUCUGCAUAUUUCCCAAUAUAGCCACAUUAACCCUUAGUGUUUGAAUGGCUGACGUUAGAAAGUUUUUAUGUCCUGCAGAGUCAAUUUCUAGUUUCUCAAGACACUUUUCUGCUUCUUAAAACCACAUUUACCAUCUAUGACUUAAAUUAAACCUUCCAGUACAUAUUAAAUAAAUAAACUAUCUGUACUGUGCAGUCUCUAUUGUGGACCAGAUGACUAUUUUUUUAUAAAAAGUUCAUGAGUAACCCUCAGACAUUAAAAAGAUUUCAUGGAAAAAUGACUAAGAGCAUAUGACACUCUUCCAGGUGCUCAGGUGUUUGUUUUCUUCCCUACAUGCUUGAUAUAUCAUUUCAAACCUCCUCUCUCUGGCAUCUGCUAAUCUGUCCCUGGGUCUCUGCUUGUGAAGGCUUGCAUUCAAGCAAGGGCAAGCACAGUGAUGACAGAGCCACAGAAAUACAGAAUUUAGGAUGUCAUUUAAUUCAUCUCCCUCCCCCAAAUAUCAUUACUUAUGACAUCCCUCACAGAAGUUUUUAUAAUUUUUUCUUGAAGAUAUUAAGGGAUAGACACUUUAUGGUUUCUUCUGUGCUAAUCCUAAAUAUUUAACUGACAUCUUCCUGUUCAAGAAUUACCAUCCCUUUUUUUUGAACCUAUGUUUUUUUGAAACAGGCUAUGUUUCCAAACAGAAAUCAUCAUCAGGAGUGUACAUGUAUGGUUUGCACUGACCUGAAACCUGACAAUGAACUCUGGAGAUCUGUGAUCACAGGCAGACACCACCUUCACUAGCUACUUACAGACUUGCAGCUGUGGAAGGGUCGUGUGGGGACAGUGGUGAUAAUAAAGUCUGUUGGAUUAAUGCAAACGGUACCUUGGAAUGCAGAAGGGAAGCUGAAAUGGGGUGUUUAACAGCAUGGCUGACCAUUUAUUUUGUUAGGAUUGCUGCUGUGUAUUAUAGGUCAAGGUCAUUUGAACCUGAUGAAUCUAUAAUAGGAGGUCUUUUUUUUGUAAAAUUUCACCAAGUCUUAAAAAAGAAGAAAAAAACCAGUACCCAGAGAUGCCUUGUGGCAAGGAUUGGUACCUAUUCUGAGUCUGUAUGAUGUAUAACAUAUUGACAAUGCCAAUCCAUCACUGGUUGAAGUUUAAGUAUCAG